CCCGCGGUGCUUUUUUGGUUCAGACUUGCAAAGGGAUUGAAUUGGUACGCAAGAACAUUUUCUGGCACGUAUGCAAAGCUUGUGAGCCAUAGCCUGAGAGCUUGUGAGCCAUAGCCUGAGAGCUUGUGAGCCAUUGCCUGAGAGCUUGUGAGCCAUUGCCUGAGAGGCCCAGCCACUGUGUGGUCAAUGUCACCACUGGAGGGCGUUGUGCUACUCGUCGUAGUCGUCGGCGUGCCGCUGUGGCUCGCGCUCACGACAAGAGCACCAGUGCUGCCAGCACGCGACUGGUGAUGCGUGCGCUACUCUUGCUCGUGAGCGUUCAAGCGCUCGCACCGAAUCGACGAACAUUUCUCGUCGCGACCGCCGGCGGAGCAGCAAGUGCGAGUGCAUCGACCGACGGCGCCGUGCGAGAGAUCUCACUGGGAGAAGCGGUCAAAGCAAUAAUAACCGAUGGAAACCCCGACUGGGUCCGCGCGGUCGUCCAGGCCGGUUUCAUCUACCGCGGCGUCGCCGAGGCGAGCCCGACGCUGCGCCGCGACCCGUAUGAUCUCUACUCCCCUGCUACGUACAAUUCGGCACGGGCAGCAACCUAUUUCCGGUCGCUCGACGCGGCAUUAGACAAAAUCAAAGCGCCCGGACCACGUGCGAGAACGGCGCACCUCGCCGUCGCCAACGCGGAAGCCGCGGCGCAGUGGGGCACCGCAGCAUCCAUCUGGCCCCUCGGCUCUAUCUCAUAUGCGUGGGGCCCCACCGCCUUCUGGCCCACGAAGGACCGCGCGAUAACCGUAGCAGAGAGCCUCCGCGUCGACGAGGGCCUCGCGGACUGCAUCCGAGAUGGACGCGAGGUCCUCUACGCGUGCGACGCAUCCAUAGCCGUGCCCCGAUCACUCGAACCAUCGCUCCGCGCGGGCCUAGGACUACUAUAAAAAAGAUUACUC